UGGCUCGUAUCGAUAGCAGUAUGAAUAUGAGUGGUUCUGGCCAGUCAUCCUUGCGUGGCCUCGCAGGGGCGCCAAUCGAGCAGGAUUUCUACGAUGAAUGGGAUUACGCCGACUUUCUAACCACUCUGAAGCGGAGCCAAUGUCGUAUAAGCAAGUAUUAUACGCGUCAUGAAAAGAAGAUCAGGGUUCUGAAGGGGUUCAAGUCUUACAUGAUCCAGAUGCUGUCUGCGCCGACGCCCUGGGCAUUCGAGGAUUUUACAUUGAAGAGGAACAUGCCAUUCCUGACUGACCUGUACCACAAGAAACAUCAAAUACACGUCCUCGCUCGACUUAGCAACGGGACUAUUCAGGUAAGGACAGUAUGGAACAACAAUUGGGCGAUGGCGGAGAAAUCAACACUAUACUCACUCAAAGGGUCGACUCCAUCUGUAUAAUUUACUCCUAGGUCAACUUUGCAGACCAUACAAAGAUGAUUCUAUCUGAGUACGGACAGGUUAUGUCCCUGAUUGACCAGGACAAGACGCCACGGCGGAUCACGAUGACAGUCCAUCAGACACUCUCACCAGAGUACUUCUACGACCUGGAGGACGAGGCAGAUCAGAACAAGCUUGUCAAGCAGGAGCUGGAGGAGAUUGCGCUCGUUUUGCAGAGACAACGGACGGAGGAGACGACCGAGGGCGAAUACAAGGAGCUUCGACCGAUCUUUGAUCCAGAGACGAGCCACGAUCUGUCGUUGUUUCCUCGUCCUCUACUAGUGUUUAGAGAAGCCCGACGGCUGCGCAAAAUGCAACAGCAGCAGAGGCAGGAGCAGGAACUUGAGCGUUAUGAACAGCAGGAUCAGCAAGAGGAUGAGGUCAGUAGUGCAAUGGCAUGCUUCUCACCACCGCCACAGUACUUCCGACGUUACUAUUCGGAUACGCAUCCUAUUACCCAGGGGACCGAUGCUUCACAAGUGGAAUUGCUUGACCUUGAAAAGGAUAGCGAGCCACUAGCAAUGCUGCAGUUGACACUCAAGGAAUUGCACUACCAGCUUGUGCGUCGUCUGCGGCUGGUGCUGCACUUACUGCAGGCUCGAAAGAUGGAGAAUGCUCUGGAACGAAGGGUCGACAGAUUGGAUAAAGAGCACCUUGCGAAAGAUCGAGAGGAGAACCGUAAGCGGAGACUGAGUCGGAAGAAGGCUGAGUCGGAUAGAGAAAGAGAGAUGGGAGAUGAGAAGGCAACCAAGAAGGAAGAAGAGGCUGUAAUCAAGAAGGAAGAAGAGACUGUAAUCAAGAAGGAGGAAGACGAAGAAUAUGUCGCCGCGGGAUAUGAAAAUGGAGGAGAGUGAGAUUGCAUAGAUGAAGGAGGAGGAUAUGCUGUUACGUUAUUAUAUUGUAGCUUGUAAUUAAACUCUUCGAUCGACAGCUGCCUGCAAACUGUUACUGGAGCACCGUGUAUUUUACUGGAGGUCCGCGAGGCAUAGCAGCAUGCAGCACCCCCUAUCCGGACAGCUACAAGAUGAUAUGAUCCGGAUCAAGCCAUGUCAACC